AUGGUGAAACGUAAAUAUUUGUUAUACUUAAUUCUACUGAAAUGUGUGUUUGUACACACUAAGAACAGGAGAAUAUACAGCAUCAGUCCAAGUCUAUCGCAACUAAGUUCAUUUAAAAUACCCGAAAAUACCCUUUUCAUGCACGCAAAACAUAAAAAUUCAAUAAAAAACUCAUCAAGAAGUAGGAAUAAUCUAACUUUACACGAGGACCCACCAGACGACAAUUAUCAACAAAACGAUAAUUAUACCCAUGAUAAUAAUGAUACACAUGAUGAUAAUUAUACCCAUGAUAAUAAUGAUGCGUAUAAUAAUAAUGCGGAUAGUAAUAAUGACACGUAUAAUAAUAACGAUGUGGAUGAUGAUAAGAAAGAACAAGAUAACACAUUUAUAAAUGAAACCCAAAAUCAAAGAGAUGAACCUGAAAACUACAAUAGAAGUGAUGAACCUGAAAACCAGGGCGAUUUGAAGAACACGUUUGUGGAUGACUUUAAUCAGAACGUUGAUACAAAUAUGAAAGAAGACUCACGGGAAAAUAACUCUCUUGCUAAUGAAUAUGAACCAGAAAAAGCUCAGGAACAUCCUGACGAUAAUAAGGAAAUUGUCAACGACAUUGCGAAGGAAGAGCAAAUGAAAAAUAUGAAUACUGACGCUGGCGACAUGAUUAAUUCUGCAAAACAGGCAAAGGAACACGCAGAUGAACUUCUUAACCAGUACAAAGAAGGCGAAUUCAACACGGAAACCAACAAACACACUCUUCCCAAAGAUGACGCUGGAAAUAUAAUAAUAACAAACACAACAACGACACCCAUGACUAAACAGGAGGAAAAGGCAGAUCCUUUAAAAUCAAUUCGAGAUGCUACUAUUAGUCUCUAUGAACGAGCGAGACACAAAAACUUGCCAGUUCCGGAUCCUGGCGAUUUAUCAUCUCCAGAAAAAAUAUACACAUCCCUUAAUGCGCUCGAAUAUAUUAUUGACGGCUACAGAUAUACUAAAAUUGAUGUAAAUGAUAAGACUGAGCAAUCGGAUUCAUUAAACGAAAAUAGUCAACCAGCUGAGACAAAAGAGCCAGAACAAAUGGACGAAUCUGAAGUAGAUUUAAUGGAACCAGAUCGGUUCCUACAGCUAAAAAAAUCAUCAGACGACGAUGAUGAACCAGAUUCUGAACAAAAUGAUGACAACGAGGACGAUUUUCAUACCACUGAAUAUGACAAUGAAAUGAACGAAUCUGACAAUGAAAUGAACGGAUCUGAUGAGGAAUCAUAUGAAUCUGACAAUGGAAUGAACGAGUCUGAUGAGGAAUCAUAUGAAUCUGAAUCAGAGAAGUCUAAAGGAGGUACAAUAUCAGCGCAUGAAGCGAUGGAAGAUUUAAGGGCUGUGUUAAAUCAACUAUCUUCGGUGCUGGAAAAGGUGGUUCAGGAUAACAUAGGAGUACGACACGUUAUCACUAAACAAAUUAUCACAUCUCAAUAUUAAAUUUACACUCAG